AUGGAAAGUGUUGGUGACUGCUGGGAGCAAUCGCCAGGCUCAUCUUCUUCUGCACCAACCAGCAAUUCAGCAGGCCGAAGUUCCAAGGAAAUCCAGACACGAAUCUCCACUCGCAUUGUUUCGUGGUAUGCCCUUUGUCGCCUAGGCUAUGAAUUUGUUCAAGAAGGAGAAACCUUUAUCAUCUCUUGGGUUCUCGGGCCGAUCGACUUGGAGGAACUCUUUAGGUAUAGUGAGCCUUAUCAGAAGACCGAGAAAGAGGAUCAAGAAAAGCCUCCAUCAAUUCAACUUCCCAACGAACGGAUAUCGUUGGGAAUCGAAGAUGGCAGACCGCCUCAUUCUACCCAUGCUGUACCCUUCUUACCAACGCCCAGCAGUUUCCAUACCCACCCCGUCACGCCCAACGAUAUGAAAGACUCGAUAAUGCGGCCAUGGAGUCUACAGCUCAACACGGGGACUGUUGUAAGGCAGGUGGGCCGUAACAUAUGGGCCUCUGGGCAGAGCGACCUUGAUGGAACUCAAGACACUGAGCCUGUCAUUUUUCUCUCGACUCCUUUUCUCGCGCUGCCAGAGAUGGAACAAGAAGAUCUCACAGCACGGAAACUCACCAGAACACUGCUUGAGUUUCUUUAUGGCGUUGAAACUGGGGGCAUUCAAGAAACAUCAUUCAGCAACCCAACUUCUGGAGACCGAAUAUCCAAUCUUUCGUGUAUUUUAGAUAUCCCUGAGGCUCUGUUCUUUCUGAUUGGCAGAGGAACCCUGAUCAGCUGCUCUGUGUUAUCGUUGGAGCAGAUGGCGGCCGACACCGUCAGUAUCGGGAUCAGCAGCGAACUAGACGGUAAUUGGCCAGUCGUUUAUAAUGUCCGAAUAACAAGUCCCGAAUGCUAUAUCAUUAUCGAAGAAGAUUGCUCCUACAAGGAUUUCAGGCAACAUAUCUUCGAAUCGUCAGGCAAUUAUGGUCUUGAUAUCAAUGAUUUCCAGCUAGUUGACGAGCACGAGCACGGUGUUGAUUGUACAACUUGGUUGGACUACUUGUCCUCAGGCGAGGUUGAAAGGCACUCUUUCAAAUUGGUGAGAAUCUCCAGUGAGAUUUUAAGCGAGGUUAUUCGGGGUCCAGAUUUGGAAGCUUCCGCCGGUAUUGAGAAUCGGGAUAUCGGAGAGGCUUUUGAGGAAGAGAGUUUCGAUAGAGAAGAUUUUGAAAGAACUAUGGAAGCGGCAAAAGAGAUGCUUUGUCGAAGUAUUGGUGAAGGGACACUUGCCCUUAACAUGCCGCCAGUGCCACCAACAUUGCUCUCGAUGUCUUUCAACACGUCGACAAAGAAUGGCAUACCAUUAUUUGCCUGGCCUCUGGCCCAGAAGGCUUGCAAAGGUUCGCAAACAGAUGGUGCAAUGGCUCUCAGUCGGUUACUAGCCACGAUUGAUCAAUCUCUUAAGGAGGUUGGUAUUCCUGAUAUCCUGCAUACAUCCAGCACGAGGGGUGAAGUGGCUUACAAAUGCCGGGUUCUCCGAUCAGUUAUAGAUGAGGGCGUAACCUCACAAAAACAAGAAGCGAAAGACGCCCUUCCGUAUCCAGGACCUCCCAGCUCAAACCGUAUACACCGGAACCCCAAGUCUGAAAUUCUUGCGACUCUUCUGAAACUGUCAGAGGACAUUUUUGAUCUCUUUUUUCCACCAGCCGAUUGGUUUCUUUUCCCAGCUAUAAGUGCUUAUUGGGGUGCCCUGGAUGUGAUCAUGUGUCAGAUAUAUCUUUCAUCACUACCAAAGAUGUCACUGCCAAAGAAUCCAUUUGGUCAGCAAUAUUCUUUCACGAUUUCGAAGGAACUUCCAAGUCAUGGCUCUGGGUUUACAUGCAUAUACAUGAAGGCAUUGCCACCCCAUGGCUGUGAUGAUUGCAACAAAGAUACAGUGUAUUCUUCUCUAUAUGGUGCUUUGUGUCAUUUACACAGGUAUCAUAUCCAUUGCACCCCUGAAGCUCGCUCCAUAUUCAAAGACCCGUGCGUUGGAUGGGUUCAGUGGCAACCCUUCAGUUUUAACCCAAAGGACAAUAUCGUGUCUGUCUCGUCCAAACUCAUCGAUACCUUGACUGAUGUUCGAGAAAGAACAAGAAAAAUUAAUCUGUCCGUCAGUGGCAAAGAAACACGCGUCCCCGGAAGCCUCGUAUCUUUCUAUGAAUCUAUCACCACCUUAUUGAAUGUCACUGCGAAAGAGAUCUCGGGGUUGAAUUGUGAGCGUCUACAGAAUCUCAUACGCUCUGAUAGGUACUGGAUAUGGCAGAAUAUUGCUAUACGCGGUCGAGCUCACAACGUAGAAUCGAAGUUGAAGAGCCAGCUUGAGGACGCCAGAAGGGAUGUGAUGAUGGCUAGCGAGACCCAGAGCGAUAUAGAUCGCCUCACUAUCUCACCAAUAGGCCUGGAAUUUCUACUUAUAACGCUACUACGGAAUCUUCAUGCCCGUCCCAUCUAUCAGAAGACGAAUAAGAAGCUGGAUGUUGUCGAGCAGUGCCGUGUCAAGUCUACAGCUCUUCGAUUCGUUGCAGUGCGAGACCCGAGACGUCGCAGAUUUCUUGAAAUCUCUGCUCUCGAAGAGGAAAUGGAGGCUUUGCGGAUCAUUUCCGAAGUUCAAACUCGUACGGUUAAGACCUAUAAUCAGGUUCUGAGCCCCGACUUCUUCACACACAACACUACAGAUUGGGUAGAUCUGGAACACCGCAAGGAUAUACACGACAUGAAACAGAUGAUAGAGGUGCUCGACGAGGGUCAUGGGAAGGCCAUCAGGGUGUUUACCUUUGUCGCAUUGUUCUUUCUUCCACUCUCUUUUGUUACGAGUUUCUUUGGGAUGAACACUGCAGAUGUCCGGGAGUUAGACAGGGACCAGAGGAUAUUUUGGUCAUCUGCAAUACCAUUGACUCUGGCAGUAUCUAGUCUGGCUCUCAUUUUUGGGUAUAAGUGGGACACGGUCACCGCAUUGUUCUCCAAAGCAUUCAAAUUUCAAGAUUCAUCAGGGCUUUAUGAAGGGCUGGAGAAAGAUCUCCUUUCUCAGCUAGGUGAAGAACCUGCCAGGCCUAGUCGCAAGUCCGGCUACUCCUCGAUAUCAACACCGGGCAUAUCAUCCAAGUCUGGGUUUGAAGCGAGAAGGGAACGGAAGCCGUGGGAGAAGAGGGUUGACAUUACAAUCACACCAGAGCCCUUCCAGGGACUGUCAGUAGUUUAG